CAGUGUGCAGCUCGGCUUCCGCGGCGGGCUUAGGGGCUAGCCUUCCUGGCGCUAUGAGCUCCUUCCAGGGACAGAUGGUGGAAUAUCCAACCAUCUCUAUUGACCGCUUUGACCGGGAGAACCUGAAAGCCCGCGCCUACUUCCUUUCGCACUGUCACAAGGAUCACAUGAAAGGAUUGAGGGCUCCUUCCAUGAAAAGAAGGCUGGAAUGCAGUUUGAAGGUUUUCCUGUACUGUUCUCCAGUUACCAAGGAGCUGCUGUUAACUAGCACAAAGUACAAAUUCUGGGAAAAACGAAUUAUAGCAAUUGAAAUUGAAACUCCUACCCAGAUAGCUUUAGUUGACGAGGCAUCAGGUGAGAAGGAAGAGGUUGUUGUGACUCUCUUACCAGCUGGUCACUGCCCAGGAUCAGUUAUGUUUUUAUUCCAGGGCAGUAAUGGAACUGUCUUAUACACAGGAGACUUCAGACUGGCAAAAGGAGAAGCUUCUAGAAUGGAGCUUUUGCACUCUGGGGGCAGAGUAAAAGACAUCCAAAGUGUAUAUUUAGACACCACAUUCUGUGACCCAAGGUUUUAUCAAAUUCCAAGUCGUGAGGAGUGCUUGAGGGGAAUUUUGGAGCUGGUUCGGAGCUGGAUCACUAGGAGUCCACACCACGCUGUGUGGCUGAACUGUAAAGCAGCUUAUGGCUAUGAGUAUUUGUUCACCAACCUGAGUGAGGAGCUGGGAGUCCAGGUUCAUGUGGACAAGAUGGAUAUGUUUAGAAACAUGCCUGAUAUCCUCCACCAUCUCACCACGGACCGAAACACCCAAAUCCAUGCCUGCCGCCACCCAAAGGCAGAGGAGUAUUUUCAAUGGAAUAAGUUACCCUGUGGGAUUACUUCCAAAAACAAAACUGCGCUCCAUACCAUCAGCAUCAAACCAUCCACCAUGUGGUUCGGAGAGAGAACCAGAAAAACCAACGUGAUAGUGAGGACAGGAGAGAGCUCAUACAGAGCAUGCUUUUCUUUUCACUCCUCCUACAGUGAGAUUAAAGAUUUUUUGAGCUACAUCUGUCCAGUGAAUGCAUAUCCAAACGUCAUUCCAGUAGGCCUCACCGUGGAUAAGGUCAUGGAUGUUUUAAAGCCUCUGUGCCGAUCUUCCCGAAGUGCCGAACCAAAGUACAAACCACUUGGAAAACUGAAGAGAACCAGAACAAUCUAUGUAGACUCAGAGGAGGAAGAUGAUCUCUUUGAUGACCCUCUACCAAUACCGUUAAGGCACAAAGUUCCAUACCAGCUAACUCUUCAUCCUGAGGUAUUUCCAGUGAAGGCAUUGCCACAAGACCAGCCUGAACUGAAACACAGCCCUGGGUGCUACAAAGCAGACAGUAUGCAGAAGGUUUCUCUGGCCAACUUCAUAGACUGUGAAGAAUCUAACAGUGACACUGAAGAAGAGUUAGAAACCCCGCCUUCACUGCAGGGAGGUCUGGGCCCUGCAACAGUCCCCCAGCAAAAUGCUGAUGCAGACACACCACAGUGGGAAGUGUUCUUCAAAAGAAAAGAUGAUGUCACAGAUGAAUGUUUGGAAAAUUUACCUUCCUCCAUAGAGACGGGGGAAUCUCAGUCACCAAGGCUCCUCACUGACUCUGAUGGAGAAUCCACUCACAUCUCUUCCCAGAAUUCAUCUCAGUCAACACACAUAACAGAUCAAGGAAGUCAAGGCUGGGACAGUCAGGGUGAUACUGUUUUGUUAUCGUCCCAAGAGAGAAGUGCUGGGGAUAGCACAUCUUUGAACAGAGAUGCCUACACACCAAAAAGCAGAGAGAAUAUUUCCGCCUCUCAAAUGGAACAGAAUGCACAUGGUCCACAGGAUUCUUACUGUGAUUCGAAAAGCAGAGAUGAAGUAAAUGGAGGUCCUCACAUUGGAGAACCAGAUACUGUGAGUGGCAAGAAAUCCCCACCUGAGGAGAAAACAUUACUAACCAGCAUACAUGCGGAUUCACAGAGCUCCUCUGAUUUUGAAAUCCCUUCAACUCCAGAGGCUGAGCUUCCUAAACCAGAGCAUUUACAGUAUUUAUAUGGAAAACUGGCAACAGGUGAGAGUAUAGUUGUUGAGAAAAGAAAAUGCUCACUCUUAGAUAUUUAAGAAUUAAAACCCUAAUUUUGAUGCUGCAACACAAUGUCAUACACAAAUUUCUGGGCCACACUCAUAGCUGUGGAUGUAUAUGGCCUGCAGGUUAGACACACCUGUUAGAGCAACCACUAAAAAACCUACACAAAGCGAUACAUUGGUAUAAUAAUGGAUCAGAAUGGAAUACUAAAGUAUGCUCAAAUGACAGGGUCAAAACCAGUGUUGCAUGAGAUUGUAGAACUAAAUCUAAACACGUUAAUUCUCACAAUAAAUGCAAAUGAUGUAAAGAGAGUCAUAAAAACACAGACUCAGGGAAAAAUCUAAGUCAACUAUGCUGUUUACAGAAAGCGCAAUUCAAGUGAUGUAAAGUUAAAAGUAAAAGGACAAUGUAAGUAUGAAGCCAGAGAGACUAUAAUAAGAGCAGAUACUGUCCUAGACAAAUUGUCUAACUCACCAAGACAAUGGAAUGAUAGAGCUCUUGCCUAGCAUGUAUGUAGUCCUAGGUUCAAUCACCAGUACUGCCCUCCAGAAAAAGAGACCAGAUAAUACACAAAUAUAAAAAUUUUAACAUGCUUCUCUUAGAGAAAAUGGUAUAUAUACAUUAAAUCAGUAUACAAAAUACAAAAACUGACCACCACCAGAUAACUAGAUCUGAUAAAACUUUUACUUCACAGCAGAAUACAUCUCUUCAAGUAUGUGCAGACCAUUCCACCAAGAUACACUGUAUCCUAAAUCAUGGCAAGCAGUCUAGAAGAAAAGGCAGCCCUGUUAGAGUAAACUGAUAGCACAGAGGCAGGGCUGGGGAGAUGGCUCAGCAAAACGCUUGCUAUUUCCAGCACGUACAUGGUGGCCCACAAUUGUCUGUGACCAUCCCGAGGACCCAGGCACACCCAGGUGUGUGUACAGACAGGCAGGCAAAGCACACAUAAAAUAAAAACCUUAUAAAUCACCAGUGAGCUAGGCAAGGUGUGUUCUCACUGUUCUGGAGGCUGAGACAGGAGGUCAAGCCUGGGCAACUUAUCAAGAACUGUUUUAGUAAAUACAAAGGCCACCAAUACAAUGAUACAACUGAAACUACAACAAUUACAAUGUAAAGGAAAAUGCUCUGUGAAUUGUGAAAUUACCUUAAAGUACAAUGCUUUUGUAUUGAUGUAUAUGAAUUUAAUAAAUCUUAAUAAACAUCUUCAUAAGCACUUUACUAUGCUGACAUUUUACAAGUCAAGAAAAAAGAUAUAUAUAGGCAUACCACUUAAAAUAAGCUUAAAUGGAAUC